GAGGGGCAGCGUGGAGAAGAAAGGAUGUGACGUCACUGAGAUAACCAGCUCGGCUGUUAGCAACGCUGUUUGUCUUUCUCGGAAACAACAGUAACGAUAAGCCUCUUUGAAUAUGGAGGCCGCUGCGGACGGCCCGGCUGAGACCCAAAGCCCGGUGAAAAAAGACAGCCCGGCGAAGACCCAAAGCCCAGCUCAAGACACCUCAAUCAUGUCGAGAAAUAACGCAGAUACAGGCAGAGUUCUUGCCUUACCAGAGCACAAGAAGAAGCGCAAGGGAAACUUGCCAGCCGAGUCCGUUAAGAUCCUCCGCGACUGGAUGUAUAAGCAUCGGUUUAAGGCCUACCCUUCAGAAGAAGAGAAGCAAAUGCUGUCAGAGAAGACCAAUUUGUCUUUGUUGCAGAUUUCUAACUGGUUUAUCAAUGCUCGCAGACGCAUUCUCCCGGAUAUGCUUCAACAGCGUAGAAACGACCCCAUCAUUGGCCACAAAACGGGCAAAGAUGCCCAUGCCACCCACCUGCAGAGCACCAAGGCGUCUGUGCCGGCCAAGUCAGGGCCUAGUGGUCCAGACAAUGUACAAAGCCUGCCCCUGUGGCCCUUGCCAAAGGGCCAGAUGUCAGGAGAGAAGCAACCAGAUCCGGAGUCGGCCCCUAGCCAGAAGCUCACCAGAAUAGCCCAGCCAAAGAAAAAGGUCAAGGUUUCUAUCACAUCCCCGUCUUCUCCAGAACCUGUGUCUCCAGAGGAGUACGCCGACUUCAGCAGCUUCCUGCUGCUAGUCGAUGCAGCAGUACAAAGGGCUGCCGAGCUGGAGCUAGAGAAGAAGCAAGAGCCUAAUCCAUGAUUGAUGAUGUUCCAAAAACCCAAAUAGUCAGUCCCUUAUGUACUGUGGUAAACCUGUUUAUGUUCACCCCAACUUAUUUGUAUGCUUAUCUUUUAUAGAGGCAUCUUUCUUUCUAGUGGUUUUAUGAGAACCAAUCUUAAUUAUUGGGACUAAAUUCUGUCAGAUAUUUCAGUGUUUCCAGGUGAAAGACACUAAGGUGCCAUCAUCAUGAACACUAUAGCAAAGAUUUCUUAAGUCUCCUUCCCCCUGGAUUUGAACUCUUUAGACCAUCAGACUAAUACAUCUGAGAUUAAACAUCAAGCUGAGAUUUCAGAGAUAAAUGUUUUUGGCUUUCUAGCCAACUUUCUUAAUCCCAGGGUUGCUACAUAUAAUAAGUCACCCCUCUUUCUCCCUCUCUCUCGGUAAUCUUCUCUGUUCAUUAGUAUGAAUGAUAGAAAAGAAAGCCUCUAUAAAAAUGGCUAUAACAUCCCUCAUUUUAUUGUUGGAGUUUUGUGAAGCUUUCAAUUCUUAUAUUCCUUUUUGUACAGUUUAUUGGCCAAUUUUGAAAAAGUAGUUAUUCUUUGCAGGGAGUUGACCAUGAGAGCCAAAGUACAGUAAAUUCAUGAACAUUUUUUUUGCAUAAAGGUGAACUCUUCUUGCUUUGAGCAGUGAAAAGUCUGCGUAAAGGUAAGAAAAUUCCAAAUGUUAAUUUUCUCUUAUUGGCUGUUGGUUAGAUAGUUGGUUUUAGAGAAUACUUUUUAUUGAUUUUAAUUAUAAAAGUAAAAACAUAACAAAAAAUAGCAAAAAAGAAAAAAACUGACAAAAAAAUUCCCUGGAAGAAACCAAAGGAAGAUAAUUUAAAAAGAAAGAAAAUCAAUAUAUAACAUGUCAGCAAAAAGUGAAGUAGAUCCAGGUAUUCUAUUAUUUUAUCUUUUUAAUACAUUUAUGUAUUUUUCUUUUUAAAAUUCUUGGUUUGGUAGGGGUUGGGGUAGGAAUGUAAAAAGCUUCAGACCGGUCCGGCAUGAAAAUAAUCCUAUUGUCUUAUAAAGGCAGCUUUUUCACAAGUACAGGCAGAUUUUCACUAGGAUACGAACAGAAAGAUACUACCCCAGAGAGCUGUAAUUUUACUUCUCUGCUUUUAGGGAGCUAAAACCUGAGGAAUCUAGGGCUAUAAAUUGGACUCUAGCCUGAUUCUGAUUCUGCUCUAAUGUGAAAUAGAUCAUGAUUCGUCUGCUUCUAGGGCCAUUUUUUAUAUUGUUAUCUAAUUACUGGCAAUUUUAAAUAUAAGAUGCCAUAUCUUAUUUAGGCAUCUUAACAAACAAUAGUCAUGAGUUAUUACUUUGCAUAUUAUAAGUUUCCAUGUUACCAGAAAGGAAACAGGCCCACAUUCCCAAACUGUUGUUUCUGAAAUAAACUAAAAUAGGAAGGAGUUGAGGUUUCUAAGGCAUACAUGAAUCCAGGGGCAUUUAGAAGGAAGUGGUAUAAAAACAUUCAUCGUAACCUUACUGAGGAGGGCCCGUAAACACUCAAGGAAACGCCCAAACCAUUUUGUUUAUAGUGCCUGGCAAAAAGCAUUUUCUGCAUAUGGAUACAUAGAAGGUUCUUAUUCAAGGAAAGGACGUUUGCUAUCUGGGUGGCAAGAUUUCUAGACUCAGCCUAGAGUAUUUCCAUACACUCAUUUCUGGACCCUUACUACUUUGUCUUGUAGCUUUCUAACUGGUCUUAGGUCUCAGGCUUUUCUCUUUCUCAGUUGAAAACGAAGUUAAUUGCAACUUUAGUGCUGAAGUCUGAAAAAGGAAGUUUCUUAUUGUCUAGCCUCUUAUAGACAAUAUAAGAGGCUUGUUUCCUCUUGUUUCUAGAGGCUGAGGCCACUUGGACUGUUCCUGUAGAAUGACUAUUGUAGUACUUGUUUAUUAAUAACUUGAUUAUUAUUGUAAAAUGACUGUGGAAUCAUUGUAAAAUCAGUGCUGCUGUAGAACUUACUCAAAGGUGAAUAUGUUGGGAUUACAGUGGUAUUUGUCUAUUUCUGUUGUGCACUUUGUAAUGGUGAAUUGUGGUCUACAAUUGUGUUCUAGCUUUAACUCUAUUAUAUCGAAAGAAAUUGGGGAGAACUGUUCUUGGUUUUGUGCUACAAACAUGGAGAAGAAGCAGUUGUUUAGUUAAAUUAAGAACUAUAUACAACAGAAUUUUUGUUGUUGAAAUUUUUGCCAAAUAAAUGUACUUUUUUUCAUAU